AUGCAAGUAGAUAGAGAUUUAGAUAAAGUUGGUGUUCAUUGUGCCAUAAAAGAUUGUAAUUUAUUAGAUUUUUUACCAUUUAUAUGCCAAGGUUGUCAAGGUCAAUUUUGUUUAGAACAUAAAGAAGAAAAAGAACAUAAAUGUCCGACUCCAAUUGUAAAGAUUGGUGGAACCACAGUUACAUGUGAUAAAUGUGAGAGUAUAUUACCAGUACCAGUAAAUUGUUUUGAAAAGGAUAUAUUAUCAAUGCACCUAAGAAAAGGUUGCCCUAAAAAGACAACAGUAAAUCAACAUAAAUGUUCAUUUUGUCCAAAGAUGGAAUCAAUUAAAAUAGUUUGCCCAAAUUGUAAAAAUAAUUUUUGUAUAAAACAUAGAUUUGAACGUGACCAUAAAUGUAAACCUAGAGUUAAUCCUCCCCUUCAACAAACUAUUUCACCACAUUUACAAAAUUUAUUAUCUCAACUUAGAAAUUCAAAACCUGUCAAAACAAAUAGUUAA